CCCCGCGCACCGCUCCAGGCCGGAAGUGGUCUGGAAGCCACAGUGCUGCUGCUUCCUUGCGAAGUCGGGGUGUGGAGCUGGCGGUCCCAUCCGAUGGGCGGUUGAGCCUGCGCCGCUAUGGCUCACGUUGGCUCUCGCAAGCGUUCGAGAAGUCGCAGCCGCUCCCGGAGUCGAAGGUCGGAAAAGAGAAGGAAGAAGAGUAGUAGGGACUCCUCGAGGAGUUGCUCAGUUUCUGGAUCCCAAGGUCGUAAGGCCAGCACCGCCUCAGGGACUGAGGAGAGAAGCAAGCAAAAGGCCCGGAGGAGACCACGAUCCAGCUCCUCCUCCUCUUCUUCCAGUUCUUCUAGCUCCUCUUCUUCCUCCUCGUCCUCCUCCUCUUCCUCCAGUGAUGGUCGGAAGAAGCGGGGAAAGCACAAGGACAAGAAGAGGAAGAAGAAGAAGAAGAAGAGGAAAAAGAAGCUGAAGAGGAGGCGCAAAGAGAAGGCCGAAGUGCCCCAGGCUGAAGCUCCGCCUGGCCCCUCGCUGGACCAGUGGCACAGAUCCACGGGGGAGGAAGACGAUGGCCCAGUCCUGACGGACGAGCAGAAGUCUCGUAUUCAGGCCAUGAAGCCUAUGACCAAGGAGGAGUGGGAUGCUCGGCAGAGUGUCAUCCGCAAAGUGGUGGACCCUGAGACGGGACGCACCAGGCUCAUUAAGGGAGAUGGUGAGGUCUUGGAGGAAAUCGUAACCAAAGAGCGACACAGAGAAAUCAAUAAGCAAGCCACCCGAGGGGAUGGCCUGGCUUUCCAGAUGCGAGCUGGGCUGCUUCCCUGAGGGCCCCUGGCCGACUGAGGCCUGUGGACAGUGUCGUGCCAUGGCCUGGAGGUUGGCCACAGGGCGGGCAGCAGCAACACUGACCGGUGCUGAUGGCUUUUCACCUGUGGAGCCAGUCCAGCCUCCUCAGGAGCAAGGUUAGAGGUGAGGCUUAUGGAUGCCUCAGUAACCCCUCCUGAAAGAGCAAGGGCAGUGUACCUGAUAUUAAAUGUU